AUGGCACACCGAUUCAUGGUCCCCGAUAGCAGCCCACCCAGCAGUGCGCCCUCGACGCCCGAGAAACGGCCUCAGCGCGGCUAUGGCAUGUCUUAUAUUGAUGGCCAACCUUCAACAACGCCUGCUGGCCCGCCGCCGCCCUCGUCCGCAGCUUCGUUCACGCCAGCCGGAGCUCCUUCCGAUUCCUUUCUCGGCAGCUCCAUAAUGCGCGCUGGUGCUGGACGCACCCUGUUCGAUCGAAGUGAUACUAGCAAUGCUCCCCUUGGGCGCUCCAUUCGAGGGCGCGAACGCGGACCGUCUGGUCUGAGUCGGCAGUUCAACUUUGAUGAGGAUGCUGAAGGCGAGGAGAUGGACGCCGAGGGCGAAGACGAGCUUCCUCCCCAGCGCGGCAGCCUCUUCCGCUCAUCUCACAAGGAUGCAUACCAAGACGCCGAUGCUGAUGGCGAUGAAAUGGAGGCCGAAAUUGAACGAUUUCUUGCGCAGGAGAUGGAGAGGGAACAGCGGGCCGCGGACGCCAACCCUACGCUGGACGACAAUGGAUCCGAUCAAGGUGACUUGUUCCUUAACAUGCGACACGACGAUAGACCGUACGGCCAACCCAUUAUCGGCGAGGGCGACGACUUGAUAAUGCUGAACACGCCUGCCGCCACAAAGAGAGUUCGAAAAGAAGCUGAAGAUAUUUUCCGUCGCUCAUCCGCCCACUUUGGCACAUCCACGAGAAACACAGAGUUUCGGUUCGGCACGAUUGCGAGAGAUAUUUACAAGAGCCAAGAUGCUGCCACUUUGACAGAACCAGCCGAUCUGAUUGUCGACAACGAAGAUCUUGUCUGCCGUCUCUACAACGACGGUGUUGGGGCUGAGGAAGAUGUGGACAAGAUGGACAAUUCUCUUGCCAACAUUUCCUACCGCCUGACCCAACUCUGGAACGACUACGUAGAUACCCUUCCGCAGCCUGAUGGAGAAGAUUUUGCGUCCAUCGGCCCUGGAGCGCAAACCGAACCAUUCGAAAAGGCCGCGUACAUCGCGCAUCUGAUCCUUCGCAUGCAUCACACACGAUCCGCCCCCGACUGCGAGCAGGAAAAUACUCUUCCACUGCCAGCAGUCCUCUUCAGCUGGAUGGAUGAGAGUCACAACCUGUUCCCCGACCAGGCUCGCGAAAUGAGCCGAUAUAAACCCAGUCCAGCAUGCCACAGCUUGUUCUGGCAAACAUUGCGAAACACCCUGCUCCGAGGCAACGUGAGUGGUGCAUCCCUUCUGCUGAGGAAUGCCGGAUGGGAGCAUGUGCGCAAGGGAACCCGUGGCGAAAAGGCAUAUACCGGCAAGGCGCUUGACAAUGUCCGACGCUUUGCUGCAGCUACAGCUGAGGCCUUGGAGCAGUGCCCUGCCGCCACUGGCGACUGGGAUAUCUGGAACAGUGCCUGGACGCUUUUCCGUGUACGCGCCAAGGGUGCACUGGACAGACUCACUCUCUUUGCAGAGGGUCGCGAUGUCCAGAUGGAUGAUUUUGACGGCGGCUACGACUCCCAAGCUCAAUCAAUAUCUACCAUGGCAAAGGAAGCGUCCAGCCAGCUGCCAUGGGAUAUUUACGAGCAUCUGCAAAUGGUGUUUGGCAUCGUCCUCGGUAAUCACGAAGCCAUUCUAGAGACUGCUCAGGAUUGGUGCGAGGCUACAGUGGGACUCUUUGGGUGGUGGGACGACAACACACAGCGGCGCAAGAAUCUACGCAUCUCCCAGGGCCGGCUCAACGCGCCCGCAACAAGUCGUUUUGGCGCUUCUGAUGAGUACCUGGACCGCCUGUCUGCUGCUUUCCACAAGGUCGUCCAGUCGGAUCUGAACCCCAACACAAUGAACCCUGUGGAGGUUGCCAUUGCAUCUGCAUUCGAAGGCAACGUCACAGCGGUCAUCGGCUGCCUUAGAAUAUGGUCGUUGCCUGUUUCAUGUUCAGUAGCCGAAAUCGCCUCGCUCGGCGAGUGGCUACCGCACACGGAAGUGGCGGCUGAUUUGCCCGCAGAUGGCCUCGACAUGGAUGACCUGGCUGUCCUCGGAAUUGCACAGCCGUCUGAUGAUGAGAAGCAAGGGAUCAAGGACACGACGCUGGUGCUCUACGCUCGUGAACUAGCUGGCGUCGAGCAUUUGUCGCCGCAGCGCGAUGGCUGGGAGAUGGCGAUUCAGGUGCUCGGCCGUAUGGAUCUCCCCGAAAAAUCGGAGCAGACUGUCGGCGAGCUUUUGCGGGACUUGCUGGCCACGCUUGACCAAAACUCGAGCUCGACUGUAGACAAAAUGUGGAGGAUACUCAAUGAUUUAGGCAUGAUCAACUUUGCCGAAGAGACGGCCGAGACGUUUGCGGAUAUCCUCGCCAAAGAAUCGCAUCGCUACGGUGAAGCACUGUGGUAUUUUGCCCUGUCACACAAAACGGACCGUGUUCGUGAGGUGCUGAACCUCCUCACAUCAUACUCGCUGGUUCACUCGACAGCUUAUCCAGCCGAGAAGGAUCUGGAUAGCGAUCUCAAGAAUCUUUUGCGCAGCCGCACAGAGACUCUGGAACGACGCGCGAAGCAGGACCUGGAGGCAGCACAAUUGCUUGGCCGAAUGCUGAGUGGUUAUGCGACGCUUCGCAAGUUCUACGAGCUACGAGACGAAUAUGCUGCAGAGGACCCAUCAUCCUCCAAGGCUCUGUCGCUGCGCAAGCAAGCUGCGUUGGCACUAGUAGCAGUCAUCUCUAGCUCGGAUGACAAUAUUCGCGGCGGUCUGUAUGACGACACUCGAGACGCCGUAGUCAGCGAAGAUUUCCUACUGGCUCUUCUAGGGGAAGCUACGGUAUUCCUUGGCCAAAAGCCAUGUAGCGUCUCACUGGAGCAGAUUGAUAUCCUUCUCAAGGCGAUUGAGGACCUGCAGACAGUGGGCUCGCGGGUGUACGACGCCUGCGACGAGUUUUUCAACCUGGUGCUCGCGUCGGGGCAGGGUCUGAAGGGCUCGACACCGGCCGACCUGUUGAAGAAGUCGACCAAUGCCCUGGGGGCGAGCAGCUACAUGAUGACGGGCAGCUCGACGCUGGUGAGCCAGCUGCACAAGUCGGUGGCGGGCGCGAGCAGGAUUGACAGGGGAUGGGACUGGCGCAAGCAGUGGCAGGCGUCGACGAGGAGCGACGAGGUGCUGCGGAAGCUGCGCCUGGGACUGGCGCAGGAUCUGGCGGCGCUGUGGCUCGUGGAUGCUGAUGGGGCAACGGCGUUUUAA